AUGGCUCCCAUGUCGCGACCCACUUUAUGUAGAAACGAGUCGAUGCAGAAGUACAUGCUCCUCUCCGCCCAAAAGGAAGCUCUCCAACGCCGCAUGGCCAUGGAGAUUCCAUUCAACGCCCCCAUGGCAGCAUCGUCGCCAGAGUUUCAGUCUCUCUCAUCUUCGCCCGAGUCCUCACCCAAGUACUCCACGCCCUUCCCCGCAGCCAGUGACCCCGUCGCCGUCAGCUCCAGGACCAGCUCCACUCCGCGCAACAGUGUCGACGACAUGCACACGGAAGAAUCCCACAAGCUCGCCGUGAUCAACCAACAAAUCGUCGCUACCCUCACCGAGCUCAUGAACACAGAAUGCAUCCGCAACGACGAGAAGCAGCGCGCCUGGGUCCAAGGCCGCCUCAUGGAAGCCGAGCACCAAAUACGUCGCGAGCGCCGCCGUCACUCUUCCAACGCUGGCGGCGACUUUGCCGACGCCAUCGCACAGCAUCUCGAGCUCGGUCUCAACACUUCCAAGACGUGGGCUUAG